AUGUUCAUAUCUUUCAAUCUAUAUAUCUAUCUCACUCUGUUGAUAUCUAUCUAUCUAUCUAUCUAUCUAUCUAUCUAUCUAUCUAUCUAUCUAUCUCUUUCUUCGACUAUAAAAACCCAUUACCUACCUACCUAUCUAUCUAUCUAUCUAUCUAUCUAUCUAUCUAUCUAUCAUACUGUUCUUUCUUUAUUUUCACAUUCUUUCAUCUAUCUAUCUAUCUAUCUAUCUAUCUAUCUAUCUAUCUAUCUAUCAUACUGUUCUUUCUUUAUUUUCACAUUGUUUCAUCUAUCUAUCUAUCUAUCUAUCUAUCUAUCUAUCUAUCUAUCUAUCUAUCUAUCUAUCUAUCAUACUGUUCUUUCUUUACAUAUUGUUUCAUCUAUCUAUCUAUCUAUCUAUCUAUCUAUCUAUCUAUCAUACUGUUCUUUCUUUACACAUUGUUUCAUCUAUCUAUCUAUCUAUCUAUCUAUCUAUCUAUCUAUCUAUCUAUCUAAGUCUAUUCUUAUCUAUCUAACUUUUUAUUUAUUUAUCUCAGUCUGUCCGCAUCUAUCUAAGUCUAUUCAUAUCUAUCUAUCUAUCUAUCUAUCUAUCUAUCUAUCUAUCUAUCUAUCUAUCUAUCUAUGUCUCGGUGAGGCGUACCGGGCUAAAUGGUGGCGCCUUCUAUCCUAA